CUGUUUGUAGUAUAUUCAAAUCCAUUGUUUUAAUAAUUUUAAAUGUAUAUUUAGUUGGUUUUAAAAAAGAAAAAUGUUGAUAUCGACAGGAAUCGUUUGGAAGUUUGAAAUAUUGUUACAAACUAUUGUUACUACUUAUUUAAAUUCUUCUAUGUGUUUAGCACUUGUAUUAGAAAGUAAUGUUAUAAUAAAUGUACCAAACAGUUUUAUGUAUCUAUAUGCUAACAACUCUGACGACCUUACCUAUUUAAUGCUAAACUCUUCAGAAAUGGGUUGCUCCGAUUAUAUUGUGCAAUUAAACGAGCCUGAAAUAUUUAUGACUGCUUUUGAAAAUGUUGUUCACAUGGGUAACGUUCGGAAAAGCGAUAGAAAAAUAAUAAUGUUGCCUGCAAUAAAUGAAAAUUUUGUUAGCAUAAAUAGCAAAGAAAAGCUGCUAACUGUAUUAUCAAUGAAGGAAACUGGUUUUGUAGCCAAUAUUCUUUUAAUUUUACCUUUGGAAACUUGGUAUGAUUGUAUAAUUUAUGGUUUGAUUACACAUAAAUUUGUUGGACCAGAUAAUGAUAUUAAUAAACCAAUGUAUUUAGACAAAUGGAACUCUUGUACGAAUAAGUUUGAUAAAAAUGUUAACUUAUUUCCUCAUGAUCUAUCUAAUUUACAAGGGAGAAUAGUUAAAGUAGCUGGGUUUACAUAUACGCCUUAUGUUUUGUUAGAUCUUGAUACUGAUAUUGCACCACAGGGCCGUGAUGGUAUAGAAGUAAGAAUUGUCGAAGAAUUUUGCAGGUGGAUUAACUGUAUUAUAGAAAUAGUAAGAGACGACGAACACGAAUGGGGGGAAAUAUAUGAUAAUCUUACUGGCAUUGGUGUUAUUGGAAAUGUUUUUGAAGAUAGAGCCGAUCUUGGUAUAACUGCGUUGUAUUCUUGGUAUGAGGAAUUUGUAGUAAUGGAUUUUUCUGCUCCAUUUCUGAGAACUGGUAUAACAUGUAUAGCACCCUCACCUAGGUUAUUAGCUAGCUGGGCAAUGCCGUUAUUACCAUUUAGUCUAUCCAUGUGGGUAUGCUUAUUUUUCACAUUCAUAUAUGCAUCAUUUGCAUUAGUAAUAGCGAAAGGAUUCGUUACUGAUAAAGUUUUUUUGACAACGUUUGGAAUUAUGAUCACUCAAUCACAACCUGAAACUGGAUUUUCAUCAUGGCGCAUACGAAGUGUGGUUGGAUGGAUGAUGAUGACAGGUUUAGUGUUGGAUAAUGCUUACGGAGGUGGUUUAGCGUCUACAUUUACCGUACCAAAAUAUGAACCAUCAAUUGACACAAUACAAGAUGUUGUCGAUAGAAAACUGACGUGGGGUGCUACACAUGAUGCUUGGAUAUUUUCUCUAAUACUUUCAAAAGAGCCUUUAAUAAGAAGCUUACUGAGUUUAUUUCGCACAUACCCUGCCGAUGAAUUAAAGCGUAGAAGUUUCACAAGAAAUAUGGCAUUUAGCAUUGAAAAGUUGCCUGCAGAAAAUUUUGCGAUUGGAGAAUACAUCACAAAGGAGGCUUCUUUGGACUUAACGAUAAUGUUAGAAGAAUUUUACGUCGAACAGUGUGUGGUGAUGAUGCGCAAAAGUUCCAUGUAUACAAAUAAGUUAAGCGAUCUUAUAGGGCGUCUUCACGAAUCAGGACUUUUGUUGGCGUGGGAAACUCAGAUUGCUUUGCGGUACUUAGACUAUAAAGUGCAGCUCGAGGUAAAGCUAUCUCGUUCGAAAAGGGACGUUGAAAAUAUUGAACCCUUAGCUUUAAGGCAUGUGGAGGGAAUUUUUAUUCUUUAUGCAGUUGGAGUAGUAUUAGCUUUCUUCACUCUUUUAUUAGAAAACUUCGUCUAUAAGAAGAAAAAUAGUAAAAUUCAAUACGAUUCAAUUAAUAUUGCCUAUUUAAAGAUGUUAUUACCUACACCUAUUACACACAUCUAUAUAUUGUUGCAAAUGAUAAUAAAAAGCUAUUUGCACUCAUCUUAUUGUGUUACAGUAGUAUCUGAGGAACAUCUUGACAUAAAGUUACCGAACACAUUCAUGUAUAUUUUUUCUAAUAACUUUGAAAAACUUUUAAACUAUACUUUAAAUGCUUCAGAAAUGGGUUGCUCCGAUUACAUUGUGCAAAUGAAUGAACCAGAAAUAUUUAUGAAAGCCUUUGAGAAGGUAGUUCAUCUGGGAAACGUUAGAAGAAGUGAUAGAAAAAUAAUUAUGCUACUACCGCAAAGCAAAAGCAAUAACUCAGCAGAAAAAUUAAUAAAUGUUUUGUCAAUGAAAGAAACUGGCUUCGUAGCCAACGUUUUAUUAAUUUUACCUUUAGAUUCGUCAUGUGAAUGUGACAUGUAUGAUUUAAUCACACAUAAGUUCGUUGGAUUUUCUUCGGAUGAACAAAAUAAAUCUCUUUACUUAGAUACGUGGAACUCGUGCACAAAAAAGUAUUUGAAAGAUUCGAAUUUGUUUCCUCAUGAUAUGUCUAACUUAUACGGUAAAACGCUUAAGGUGGCUGGAUUCACAUAUAAGCCUUAUAUUUUAUUAGAUCUCGACCCCACUGUUGUACCACAAGGCCGCGAUGGCAUGGAUGUGAGGAUAGUCGACCAAUUUUGCAGUUGGAUCAAUUGUACUAUAAAAUUGGUGAGAAAUGAUGAACAUCAAUGGGGAGAAAUUUAUGAUAAUCUAACUGGUAUAGGGGUUUUAGGAAAUGUCGUUGAAGACGAAGCUGAUCUUGGAAUAACUGCCUUGUACUCUUGGUAUGACGAAUAUGUGGUAAUGGAUUUUUCGGCACCUUAUAUAAGAACUGGUGUAACAUGUAUAGCUCCUUCCCCAAGAUUAUUACCAAGUUGGAAGUUACCAUUGUUACCUUUUAGUCUAUAUGUGUGGGUUGCCUUGUUCUUUACGUUUAUUUUUGCCUCUUUUGCUUUAAUAUUUGUAAAAGGUUUUGUAAUAGAAGAUGUAUUUUUGUUAACAUUCGGAAUUAUGAUAACUCAGUCACAAUCAGAAACAGGAUUUCCUACAUGGCGUAUACGCAGCGUCAUCGGAUGGAUGAUGAUAGCUGGUUUAGUUUUGGAUAAUGCUUACGGAGGAGGCUUAGCAUCUACUUUUACUGUUCCCAAAUAUGAGCCAUCUGUUGACACAAUACAGGAUAUCGUCGGUAAAAAUCUGAUAUGGGGCGCUACACAUGACGCUUGGACGUUCUCUCUUAUACUAUCACAAGAGCCUAGAAUUAAGAAGUUAGUAAGUUUGUACCACACAUACUCCGCUGAAGAUUUAAAAUGCAAAAGCUUUACUAGAUCAAUUGCUUUUGGUAUUGAAAAAUUACCUGCUGGAACUUUUGCAAUUGGUGAGUACAUUACGAAAGAGGCGUCCUUGGACUACACUAUUAUGUUAGAGGAGUUUUACUUCGAACAAUGUAUCAUGAUGAUGCGGAAGAGUUCGCCGUAUACGAAAAAGUUAAGCGAUCUUAUAGGACGUCUUCACGAAUCAGGACUCUUACUGGCGUGGGAAACUCAGAUAGCGGUAAAAUACUUAGAUUAUAAAGUUCAACUAGCUGUUAAACUGUCGCGUUCGAGGAAAGAUAUCGAAAAAGUUGAGCCGCUAGCUAUAAUGCACGUGGAGGGAAUUUUUAUUAUUUAUGCAAUAGGUGUUAUAAUAUCAUUCCUUGCAUUCAUUGUAGAAAUUCUGAUUCUAAAUCAAAAUCAAAAACAA